AUGAUUGAUUUUCCAUUUUUUUUUUUAACUUCCUUUGAUGAGGAUUGAGGAAGUUCGAUCACAACUCUUUCCGUGUAGUUGCACACACCCUACCAUUUCUAGAAACCAACCUUUUUCUUUUUCAAACAACUCUGCUAAGUCCUCGCACAUACAGAGAGAUUCUUCUUCUUCUUCUUCUUCUUCUUCUUAUAUUUGCAGCUAGCGAAGGAAAGCGUAUCCCUCUUGACCCCUAUUUCUCUUGCCUUUCCCUUCCUGGGGUUUAAAUCCCCUGCAACGCGAUCCACCCAGCUCGCCAGAUAUUGAUGAACCCGUGUUCACCGGAAAAUGACGUCAGACCGACUUCGACGUCAGCGGCUCCGAGGAGGAAACCUUCGUGGAGAGAGCGAGAGAAUAAUAGAAGGAGGGAGAGGAGGAGAAGAGCCAUAGCUGCUAAGAUUUUUUCAGGGUUAAGAGCUCAAGGGAAUUACAAUUUGCCCAAACACUACGAUAAUAAUGAGGUCUUGAAGGCUUUGUGCAUCGAGGCUGGUUGGGUCGUUGAAGAUGAUGGCACCACCUACCGAAAGGGAUGCAAGCCACCCCCAAUUGAUAUUGUAGGCACCUCUGCGAGAAUUACUCCGUACUCUUCACAAAAUCCAAGUCCAUUAUCUUCAUCAUUCCCUAGUCCAAUUCUUUCCUACCAAGUUAGUCCCUCUUCCUCUUCGUUCCCUAGCCCGUCUCGAGUUGAGAAUAAUGCUUCAUCUAAUCUCCUUCCCUUCCUCCAAAAUGCGAUUCCCUCGUCUCUCCCUUCUCUCCGAAGCUCCAACAGUGCACCUGUAACUCCACCACUCUCAUCUCCAACCUCAAAAAAUCCCAAGCCAAUUCCCAACUGGGAGUUCAUUGCUGAACAAUCCAUGGCCUCGUUAAAUUACCCUUUCUAUACUGCAUCUGCCCCUGUUAGCCCAACUCACCGUCAAUUUCAUGCGCCAGCCACCAUACCUGAAUGUGAUGAGUCUGAUACAUCCACUGUUGAGUCUGGUCAAUGGAUAAGCUUUCAAAAAUUUGCACCUUCUGUGGCUGCAAUGCCAACCUCUCCAACCUAUAAUCUUGUGAAACCUGUGGCUGAGCAAAUUUUGUCGAGCAAUGUGAUCAAAGAGAAUGGCAAGUGUAUGGAGUUUGAGUUUGGGAGUGGACAAGUGAAGCCAUGGGAAGGAGAAAGGAUUCAUGAGGUGGGAUUGGAUGAUCUAGAGCUCACACUUGGAAAUGGAAAGGCUCGGAGUUAGUGUGAGCUGAUGUUGCCAGUGGAAAAUCCUGGGAGGAGAUGUUGAAGAGAAGACUACAGUGAGGAGAUGUUGGGAACAGAAGAAAUGUUCUUACUCUAUUAUGUGGUACAUUGAGCAUGAUUUGGAAGAGUUGCAGUCCAUGGCUGGUGGGAAUUAAGUGCAUAUACAUUGAACAAAUAUUGUUUCUUAGGAGGAAUUAAAUGUUCAUGUUUAAUUUUAUGUUCAUUUAGUUUCAUUCUCUUUUACUCAUUUGACCGUAACAAUUGCUAAUUGAGUUGUUUGGAAUGUUUUCACAAGCAUUACAUGUAGAUAGCGGGGGAAUAGACAUUUCUGGGAUUGAGGAGUUUUCUCUUCCAUGAGACCUGAUAAUAUGAAAUUAUUUGUUGAUGGUUUACCAUAUAAAUGGAUGUAGGUUUGCUUUGUUAUAA